AUGGUGGACUGCAAGCCCAUGAGCAUGCCUCUAGAGGCAAAAAUUAUGAGUCUUGACAGUGAUGUUCUACUUGAUGAUCCCAGCUUCUAUCAAGGGAUUGUUGGGACUCUACAAUAUCUAACACUCACUCAACCCAGCAUUUCAUAUAUUUUUAAUUUUGUCUCCCAAUUCAUGCAUGCACCCACUCUUUCACAUCUUAAAAUGGUUCGACGGAUCUUGCAAUACAUCAAAGGCACUAUUCAUCUAGGUCUUGAUUUAACUUCUCACACUACACUUGAUCUUUGUGCAUUUUCUGAUUCUGAUUGGGCGGGUUGUUCUACUACUCGCCAGUCAACGACUGGAUAUGUCACAUUCCUUGGACACAAUCCUAUUUUGUGGUGUGCAAAGAAGCAAAACACCGUCUCUCCCUCCAGCUUAGAGGCCAAAUAUAGAGUCAUGGCUCAUACUACUGUAGAAAUUACAUGGUUAACAUUCAUUCUCAAGGACCUUGGUGUUCCUCAAACUCAUCCUUCAAUGCUGUUUUAUGACAACAUCAGUGCACUUCUUAUGACAAUCAACCCAGUCUUCCAUGCCCGUAGCAAACACAUCGAGUUAGAUUAUCACUUUGUGCCUGAGAAGGUUGCACUCGACCUCCUUGAUACUUGA